AUGCGCAUAUAUAAUUGGAAUGCGAGAAAAUUGGAAAAAGAAGAAGCUAGUCGGCUGGUACGUAGCUCGCUGUGGAUCCAAGAGCAAACGGGAAGGGAAGGAUACAUCAACGAGUUGAGAGAGUACAUUGAAGUAGAUAGCUACGGACCCUGUGGCACUCAAAGUUGUCCGGAAACGAACGGAACACCCACUGCUGCUAUUCUACCUUGUCUGGACAUGUUGGCCGAGAAUUACAAAUUCGUUCUAGCAUUCGAACGUUUCAUUUGUGACGACUUUGUCACGAAAAGAUUUUUCGAUCUGCUCAGUCGUAAUACUGUGCCUAUCGUUUUCGGGGGAGCUGAUUAUAAACUGAUUGCACCACCACAUUCGUUCAUUGAUGCUCUGUCGUUCAACCCGAAAGAGUUAGCUGAUCACUUACUGAAACUUGAAAAAGAUGAAAAACAUUAUUUCCGUCAUUUUUGGUGGAAAGACGUUUACAAGGUGCAUUCGGGAUAUGGAGAAUUGGCUUCUCGACCGUUUUGUGAUUUGUGCGAGAAACUGAAUAGCAAUCUUCCUCGCAAAAUUUAUCGAAAUCUUGACGAUUGGUGGUACAACAACACCAAAUGCAGCGCUCCAGAAGACCGUGGCAUUGUGAUCCGGCAUAAUGGAACUGUCGAUGACCUGCACAGCAUUCAAAUUCCCUGGUCUUUUGAUGAUUAGAUUCGUGCUCACCUAUGAUUUUAAUUUUAUUAUCGUGUACUCAUCUAAGCUUAAGUUAAAAUUUAAAAAAAUUCUUAUUAACGA